UUCAUUCGGUUCGCUUCGGUUCGGAUGUUCAUCAGUUUCGCUAUUGAAUCAAUGUUUUUUCUGAAAGAAAAUUAUGCUAAAAAAUGAUAGUAAUUUUCAAUCAUCAUCAUCAUCAUUAUCAAGUGAUGAUGAUUAUACACAAUCAUUAAAUAUUGAUAAUAUAUUCAAUAUGACAAUGAUAAUGGAUCGACAACAGCAUUCAACAUUUGUGACAACAUUAAAACCAUCAAUAUCUUCAGUAUCUUCAGCUUCAUCAUCGACUGAUUCAUCAAUGAUAAUCAUUACGAAUGAAGUAAAUGAAGCAGCCGUUAUAAUUGCCUAUUCAUUAAUCGUAAUCAUUUCAUUGAUUGGUAAUUCAUUGGUUGUGAAAAUUGCAUUUAGUGGACGAUGGAUACCAGGGAGGUCACAACGUGCACGUACAACUACUGAUGUUUUAAUCGGUUCAUUAUCAUUUAGUGAUUUAGUUAUGACAAUAUUUAAUAUACCAUUCAAUUUAGCAAGAAUCCUAUUACCAUAUUGGCCAUUUGGUCGUUUAUUAUGUUAUGGUGUACCAUUUGUACAAACUGCUUGUGUUUAUGUAUCAACAUUUACAAUGGCUGCAAUUGCAUUACAUCGUUGGCGUAUGGUUAGUCAUCCAACAACCGUUAUGUUAAAUAAAACAAAUCGUUCAAUAUCAUCAUCAACAAAUCCAUUACGUUCAUUUAAUUCAUUACGUCGUACGAUAACUAUCGUUUGGUUAAUAUCAUUUGGUUUAGCAGCACCAACGGUUGCUUUCAAUCAAUUAAAACUGGCCAAUGUUAAUGGUCAAUAUGUUAUACGUUGUCGUGUUGAUUAUCCAUUUAUAUUCGGUAUAAAUGCAUCAUUAUUAUUAACAAUUGAAAUAUUUUUAACACAAUAUUUAAUACCAUUAUUAAUAACCGGUGUAUUAUAUAUGAAAAUUGCAACAGUUAUACAUAGACAAAGUCGUUUUAAUCAAAUUACUAAUACUAAUGUUAAUAAAUAUAAUGAUAAAAAUGAUGAUAAUGUGAUGACGACAAACCACAAAGGUAGAAAUAGUCAUGAUUUUCAUCAUUUAAAAUCAUUAUCAUCACAAAUUGAUUUGGCAUCGAUUACAAAUCAUCAUGUGAAAAAUCAAAAACAACAACAACAACAAAAUUCAGCAGCAAUAUCAUCCGGUGAAAUGUUAAGUACACAAACAAUUAUGAAUGAUGAUGAUGAUGAUAAUGUUGUUGUUGUUGAUCGACUAAAACAACAACAACAACAACAACAACAACGACAACAACAAAAUUCACAACAACAAUCAUCAACAACAACAAUAAUAACACGUAUUGGUAAACGUCGAAGACAAUUAGAAGUAAAACGAAGAAGAAUAUUAAUGUUAUCAUUAGUUGUUGCUGUAUUUGCUAUCUGUUGGUUACCAUUAAAUCUUUAUCAUUUAACAAUUGAUCUUGGUUUUGCUCAGCAUCGUUUAACGGUUUUUUUAGUGUGUCAUUGGUUUGCUAUGAGCUCAGUUUGUUAUAAUUCAUUUAUUUAUUGUUGGCUAAAUGAAAGUUUUCGUCAAAAUGCAAUCGAAUUAUUACGUAAAAUAAUGUUUGAUUUGAUAAAAUUUCAACAUAAUUUUUUACAAUUAUUAAAUUGUUAUAAACAACAACAACAACAAAACGAUCAACAAAUUGAUCAACAACAACAACAAAAUCGACAACAACAAACUGAACAACAACAACAACAACAAUCGGAAAAACAACAAAAUGAUGGUAGUGGUAACGGAAAUAACGGUAGUAGUAGUAGUGGUGGUGGUGUUAGUAAAAAACAAAGAAAAAAAGAAAGAGAAAAAUAUUUAAAUAAACGUAAUAAAUUGGCUGGAAUUUUAUUUACUGAAUCAUCAACAACAACAACAACAACAACAAGUGCAUUAAUAGCCGGUAGUUAUCCAUUGAAUAUAUCCGGUAUGAUAUCAACCCCGUCGCCGCCACCACCACCCCCAACAACAGCAGCAACGUUAUCAACCGGUGUGAAUCCGAAUAAUGAAAAAUUAUUAACAAAUGGUGGUUGUAAUGUAAAAAUUAAUUUGGAUAAUAGUAAUUUACAACAACAACAACAAUCCUCAUCAUCGUUAAUAAUGAUGGGAAAAAAACCUACUAAACGUAAAUCAAAAAAAUAUCGACGUUAUUUUGAAAGUGUUGAAGAAGAAGAUAUU